UUUGGGUGAGAGGCGGCGUCCCGGGAGAAUCUGGCGGCGGGAGCGAGCGAGAGAGAAACGGCGGCUGGAGCGGGAGGAAGGAGCGGCCUGGGCGAGGGGGCGGUUGGGUGUCUAACGUCGGUGCCCGAGACAUAAACAAAUCCCCAUCCGGGGGCUCGGAGAUCGGGGAGCGAGUCCUCCCUCAGGCCUGGCUCGGAAUUUAGGCCGAGAAUCAUGUCUCUGGAUAAAGUGCCCAUGGCUGCAAGCUCUAGAACCUCCUGCAAAAGUCUGAAGGACAGGUUUAACGGAGUGUCGGUUAAGUUGGAAAAUAUGCUGGACAGUCAGUACGGGCAAGCAGAGAAAAGGAAUCCCACGGGAAGUGCCCAGAAGAACCAGCGGAUGUCACUGGGAGAGUCGGAAAAAGAUUCUGGGUUUUCAGACACGAGCUCAGACUACUUGAGUACACUGGAACAGACCGACUCGGAGGAUCAGUACCUGCACAAGAGACCAGCGGCGUUGAACCAUGCCGAGAGGAUCACUGCUGCACAAAGCUCACUCACCAGCCUAACUCCUGUCUACAUUGUGAAGAAUGUCCUCCUGAAAGAGCCUUUGCCCGUUCCAACAAGGAGCCAGCUUAUUCACGCCCAACUACAGACCUGGGGAAGCCAGCACUCCCUUGGUGCACCAGCAGGCCAGGCCCGAGUCGUCUUCAUCCGACAGCCUUUGAAGGCUUCUUUGAAAUUGCAGAAGAUGGAGGCGAAGGCUGGGGUGGGGAAAGACACCUACCUCCCGAUUUUAAACUCCUACCCAAGGAUAGCCCCUCACCCGGACAAAAGCCAGGAGGCCGGCAGCAGGCCGAGGCAGACCGGGCAGUGCACAGCUCAGGAUGACAGGACUGCCGAUCACAGCAGGAGUAAACGGCUAUGCCUGGACGAGGUGGAAGUAGCCUCGCAGGGAACUCCUAGAAAUGACCAAACCUCGCACGUAGCGCCAGUGGCCAACUGCGGGCCAGCUGAGAAUACGCAGCAGCCGCCUUGCUUCGGAGCAGCGAGCACUUUGAGUCAGUUUGACGUCUCGGUCUCCCCGUCGCCAGUGCUCUCUCCAAAUCUUGUAUCCCAGUCCGAAUCCUCUGAAUCUUUGUACUCCUGGUCGUCGUACUCCUCCUGCUCCUCUUCCUCAUCCCCCUCCUCCACUUGCUCUGUAUUUUCCCACGCCCCGAGUGUCCAGUCACCCGCUGGCGAAACCACGAGACCGGCUGCUCGAGCCCCCAGGCGGCCGAUUCCCAGUCCCGCCAAGGAACGGCGCUUCCGCAACACGGUGGAGAUCCUGAGCCGGUCGGGGUUGCUGGAGAUCACGCUGAAAACCAAGGACCUAAUCCGGCAGAACAACGGUGCCCAGCGGCAGAUCGAUGAACUGAAGGAGCAUGUCCGGCUUUUCUGCAGCGCCAUGCAGAGCAGGGAGCCCCAGGCCCUGCUGAGGCUCCAGGAAGUGAUGAAGUGCUCCGGGAGUUAUGGAUCGAUGACCAGUGGAGGGGUCUCCUCCUCAGCCACUCCGAGCCACCUCUGAGCAGACACCCCUACUUUAACCAGGGGUCUUUGGUGAACUAAAGGCCUUGUGUUAGCCCCCGUAGGGCGCUCUGUAGAGAGUGUGCAGGAAAGUGGAGUUGAAGUUCAGCCAUGAUCUCCUUGCAUGGUGGAGCAGGCUCGAGGGGCCAUAUGUUUGAGGGGCCAGUACUUACACCUGUAAGUUGCCUUCCACAAAAGAGGCCAUGGACACAUGGGUGUGAACGAUUGCCUCAGACUCCCAGCUUUUUAAAAUAAAAAUUCCCCUUUUUACAGGUUUUACUCUUUUUGCUAUCUUAGCAGAGACACUUCAGUCUCCAUAGAAAUAUAUUUAUUUGCUGUAUACUUUCAAGUUGGCUGAAGAACUGUCAUUGCUUUGUUUGACCAGUUCCCUUGGUAGUUCUGCGCAGUUCGCUGGGAGAGAGACCUCAGCAACUCGCAAUCCUACCUUUUUGCCAUUCCAGUUCAGAGCAGCAGCCUGGUGCUCACCAGCGCACAUUUACGGGGCUUGAAUUCCUCCCGCCCCUUGAGGUAGCUUAGCAGUCAGAAGGUCCAACUUCAGGGGUUUGCAUGCUUUGUCCGUGCUCAUGCUCCCAGUGCGGUACUGAGAGAGAGCCACGAUGUCAGUAGUGCCGGCCUUUCCGUGAAAAGUUAAGCCAAGAGCCCGCCUGCCUCCCCCCCGCCCCCCCGGGUGGAUGGUAGAGAUCCCCUGGCACUAUUGCAAGAGCUAGGGAAUUCUCCCAGGUACCACUGGCUUACUGCUGACUAGUCUUGCUGCAGUUUGUGAAACUUUGAUGUGCACAACAUGGUUGUAAUGCUUGUCGUAAUAAGUUACUGAAUUUCAGUGUAUAAAUGGAUGUGGGACAUUUUCUGAGCAGGGUAAUGAGCCUCUGUGUUAAUGCAAGAUUGUUUUGCAGCCCCCCGCCCCACCUCUGUCUCCACGCUCAGUGGGAACUUCACAUUACUGAAGCCUGGGCUUCUUGUUCUGACCAACUGGGGCCGCGCGGUUUCGUCGAGCGGACUCUGCAACCCUCGCCAUGUCUGGAAAUGCCAGCGGUGGGUUUCCCUGCAGCCUGCGGAGUUGCUGUGUUGCUCUGGUGUUCCGGAAGCAUCCAGCAGGUCAAGCAGCGUCGGCCUGCGCGGAGAGGAAGAUUGUCCCGAAACGUUAAGUCUGUCUCCUCCUCUCGGGCCGCUGCCUGACCUGCUGCACUUUUCCAGUAUUUUCUGUUUUCGUUCCCAAUACCGGCAGCAUUUUUCUCCUGCCCUUGCAGUCUGGCUGACUGACAGCUUGAGCGUAAGCACAGACAGGAUUUAAAAUUAAAACAAAACCUCUCUCCUACAAAAAAAAAUCAGGAAGGCGAUGACACACAACAAAAGACAAAGCAUUGCGGUGCUCUGAAAACCUGUAACAUAAAUAGAAAAUGCCAGAAAUGCUCAGCAGGUCCGGCAGCGUUCGUGGGGAGAUAAAGGGAUUUAAAAAGUUUCAGGUUGGUGACCAUGCAUCAGAACUCCAGCCCCUGAAGCAUUGUCCCCUAAUAUCUGCUGGAGGCUGCAUGUACUUGCGGACCUCUGAUGAGGACAGGCUGUGAUGACCUUUUGGAGGAAUAGCCUGAAGCCACAUUUGGGUGAUAUGUUGGAGAGCGGGCGAUGAAAUUUCAGUAUGGUGGGGGGGGGAGGAUGCAUAAGAAAUUGAGUCAGAGGAACUGAUUUCUGUGUGAGGAGGGGUGUGUUGUGGCACAGGAGGGGGUUGGGAAUACAGAGAGUAGCAAGGCUACAUGUUCAACAUGAGGGUGGGAAUUUUAACUCUAAACAGUGGAGGGAUCUGUAGCAAGGGCAGGAAUGAGUACAAGUGUGCAGGACCCGGUUCGGGAGCAGCAGAGUAUCUCAGUAGACGUUCAGGGUUUUUAAAAUUUAUUCUUUUAUGGGAUGUGGGUGUUGUUGGCAAGACCAGCAUUUGUUGCCCAUCCCUAAUGGCCCUCAAACUGAGUGGUUUGCUUGACCAUUUCCGAGGCCAGUUUAGAGU